AUGACUUCGUUUCAUCAGGCUAAGAACUACACGAUGGAGACCGUUCAUGAGCAACGUACAUACCACGAGACAUCCAGCCCCUACCCUCUGCCCAACGACGCAACAGAACACGAACGUCUCGACCUCCAGAAUGCCGCCAUCGACACAGCCAUGCACGACAAACCAAUCCACUCCCCUCUCGCCAGCCCCAAGAAAAUACUAGACGUCGGCUGCGGAACCGGGUUCAUGAUCAAGCACUUCGCCCAAACAUACCCCAGCGUCGAAAGCAUCAUUGGCGUAGACCUCUCACCAGCAGUGGGAGAUGUCCCUGACAACGUAACUCUCAUCAAAGGCGACUUCCACGCUCUCGUUGAGCAGAACCAUCCUGACCUCCAGCCUGAAACUUUCGACCUCGUCUUCUCCCGGGCGUUAGCUUACGGCAUGACGGACUGGCCUGGCCACAUCCAUAAAGCCAUCUUCCUGCUCAAGCCAGGUGGAUAUCUUGAAACCCACGAAUUGGACUUUGACCUCUUCGACCAGGAUCGCAUCCCCAUGUCCCCAUCACUGUCUUGGCACAGUGCGUACAUCAACGCCUUUGCAGCACGCGGUGCAGAUCUUCACGCAGGACGCAAGGUCGAGCAUCUCAUGCAGAAAGCAGGUCUCGUGGAUGUACGGGUCGAGAAGUGUAGACUCCUGUUCGGGCCAUGGGAUGGACAUUCCGAGUAUGAUGUGAUGGCGGCGUAUGCGCCAAAGUAUUUGCCCGAUGCCGUUGGCGUUGCGUUCGAGAAGAUGGCCGCUGGAUUACACAACGCGGAGAAAGUGGAGGGGGUGAAGGAGGCGAUAUUCGAGGACUUGGGGCAUCCUAUGAAAUGGUUGCAUUUUCCGCUUUAUGUUGUGUGGGGGAGGAGGAAAUGCUGA